AUGGAUUCGGCUUUCCCCACAUUUGGCUUCUCCCUGGAAGGCGAUCAGCCAAGCACCUCCAACCUCGCCUCGAUAUCGGCCACACUGACAGCAUCUCAAGCGGCUCUCAUCGACGCCGACACUGGCACCUCUGCACCUUGGACAUCUCAAGAGGAUCAAGCAGCAGCUGCAGCUCCGUGGCUCGUAGGUCAGCCCGGCCUCGCCAGCGCGCCAGCCGCCUCAACUUCAGCCAACGUGUCCACCUCUGCAGCGCCAGCCUCUACAUCUGCCGCACCCCAGCUUCCCAGGCCCAAGCUCAAAAAACCUCGAAGAUCAAAAAAUGGCGAGACUGAAUCGACAUCCAAGAAGCGCAAAAGCGCAUUUCGAGCAGAUGAUGGUGAUGCGAACAAUGUGGAUAUGGAUGAUAUGAUGGAUGUGGAUGUGGAUGUGGAUGCGGAAGAGGUGGGGUUGGAUGCGGAGUCGGCGAUGGGCACUCCUUCCAAAGCUGCCAGCAAGCGGAAAGAUGGCAGCACAACGAAAGGAGGGAGAAAGAAGCAACAGCGCAAGAGCAAGGGAGGUGUGGACGGUGCAGCAGGAGCAGGGGCAGAAGCAGGAGCAGGAGCAGGAGCAGGAGCAGGGUUGUCGUUGCCUUCCGCGUUGGAUGCUGCUAGGAUGGGUGGUGCUGCUGGCUCAGCACACGCUUCAGCAUACACUAUAGCCGCCGCAUUCAGACGGCCCAAAGCCAGCGACGUUCGAGCUCAACGAGAAAGAGAGGCCAGUACGGCUGCUGCAGGAGCUACGAGAGAGGGAGGCGCAGCUGGUGGUGGCGUACAUGCGGGCACGAACGCGACGGCGGCGCAAGAAGAUGAAGAGGAGGUGGUGGACGAUCUGGAAGAAGAGGAGGACGAGGAGGAGGAAGAUGCGGGACUGGUGCAGGAGGAAGCUCAGAAACAAGCUGAGCUGAGCGAAGCUAGAAAGACCGUCCUCGGAGCGAUGAUGCAGAACAUGACGGCCGAGCAGCUGGACCGAUUUGAGGCGUACAGCCGAACAGCCAUCAGUCGACCAAACAUGAAGCGCCUGGUCAAUCACAUCCUUCAACAAUCCGUAUCUGACCAGAUAGCCACGAUCUUUGCAGGAGCAGGCAAGAUCUUUGUAGGCGAGAUCGUCGAGCUGGCUCGCGAUAUUGCCAGUAGAGACGAGGAGUGGGUUCGGUUGUCUGAAGAGAACCGGCAAGCGGAGGGCGCUAAUCGGGAGCCAGCCACCGCACGAUCUACGAUGACACACACGACCGAUGACCAAGGCAAAGACAACGUGGCAUUGGCACCUCAUCAUCUGAGGGAGGCUGCGCACAGGUACAGGGCCAUGAGGGAGCGACCUGGGCAUUAUGCGCCUGCUGGAGGAGCACCUGGACUCGGCAAGCGACGCACCAUCUUCUAG